ACCUUUCCUUUGCACUUACAGAUCAACAGAAGAGAUUCUUGUGUCCUAGAGACCAAAGAAAGAAUCAGCAGGAAUGCCCAGGGUGAAUGAUGGAUUGCAGAGCCUGGCUGGCACAUUUUGUGCCCUCCCCGCCUCCAAAUUGCCUCAGUUACAAAUCGGAAGGCAGGCUUGGUGACCAGGACUGGCAAGCACAUUUUAAAGUCCCAUGCUGUGGAGUUGAUCCAUCUCAACUUGAGUCAGAAGAGGCAGAAGUGGAUGUGAGAGAAAGAGACACACAGAGAGACAGAGAGCCAAAGAGGGCAAGAGACUUGACUUUAAGAGACUCCUGUACUGACAACUCCAUGCAGUUCGGAACCAGAACGACUGAGGCUGGACCAGGGUUCAUGGGGACAUGGCAAAAUGCUGAUACUAACCUCUUAUUCAGAAUGUCCCAACAGGCCUGUCACCCUGGCUACUAAAGAAUCCUCAGACUUCAGUGGUUGGCUUACCAACUGCAGUCUUCAGUUUGGUAUUUAGUGCCAAGAAGGAAAGUGAUCAUUUCACAUCCAUUGAUUGGUUCUCGAUUCCAGGCUGCACUGUAAAUAAUCCUCGGACUUCAGUAGGUUGACUACCAACCUUAGUCACCAGUUUGCUAUUCAGGACUAGAAAGACAAAAUUCGAGUUUAUUCAAAGGUUCUCCCUUCCAGGCUCCACCAAAAAGGUAUU